GUAACAAACUGUGGCGUCAAUCUUAAUGAUGUGGUCGUUUACUCUGAGGACUGGGAUAGUCACAUGUCCAGUCUGGGGAUUGUGUGCCAGCGGUUGACCGACGCCUCUCUUACACUGAACUUGGCCAAGUGUGAAUCUGGGAAAUCCAUGAUUACUGCAUUGUUGUGGACUGACUGUUGUGACAGAGGUGGAUUUGAGAAAAUGAAUUGCGGAGAUGAUUCAUAACUGACUCAACAUCUGGAGCUGGAUCAACAUCUGGAGCUGCUUUUAGAUGAAACCAUGGCCUCCAGAAUGAUUCCCUCUGAAGAAUGCGAAACACAGAUAAAGACAUUCAAGAGUUUGUGUGAGAAUAAAUCUCCUGAACCCAGCUGUGUGUCCAUGAAGAGUGACGCGUCAAUGAGCCCUCCACUUAAAUUCAGCACGGGAGACCCAUCUACUGAUCUGAGUCAAAAACUUGAAGGACCAGAAUCACAUACAGCAAAGAAAAACGUAGACUCCAUUUUCAAGGAGCUUGAGCACAAAAUAAUUUCUGAGUUAAAAAGCUUUAAGAGACUACUGAGUCCAGAUGACCCAGAAUGCUCUGAAAGAGACUGUUGUGAUGAUGAGGGUCAUAACAGAGUCAGAGAGGGGCUUCUGAAGAUCACCCUGCUCAUCCUGAGGAAGAUGAACCAGACAGACCUCGCUAACACAUUAGAGACCAAACUGAUGCCUGUGUAUCAACAAAAACUUAGAUCCAGACUACAGGAUAAAUAUCAGAGAAUCAGUGAAGGACUGUCCAAUCAUGGAGGCUCAACACAUCUGAAUGAGAUCUACACAGAGCUCUACAUCACAGAGGGAGGCAGUGGAGGGGUCAAUAAUGAACAUGAGGUGAGACAGAUUGAGACAGUGUCCAGGAGACCAGAGACACAGGAGACACCAAUCAACUACAAUGACAUAUUUAAACCCUCACCUGGACAAGACAAGCCCAUCAGAACUGUGCUGACUAAAGGAGUUGCUGGAAUUGGAAAAACAGUCUCUGUGCAGAAGUUUAUUCUGGACUGGACUGAAGGAAAAGCAAAUCAGAAUGUUCAUUUCAUAUUUCCACUUCCAUUCAGGGAACUGAAUCUGAUACAGAAUAAUCUAAGCCUUAAGCAACUUCUAAACCACCUUCACACAGAAACCAAAGAAUUAAAGUCAGCAGAUUAUGAUGACUACAAAGUAAUGUUCAUAUUUGAUGGUCUGGAUGAGUGUCGACUACAUCUAGAUUUCCAAAACAGUCCGAGCUUGUCUGAUGUGACAGAAUCAGCUUCAGUGGAUGUGCUGCUGACCAACCUCAUCAAGGGGAAUCUACUUCCUUCUGCUCUCCUCUGGAUCACCUCUCGCCCAGCAGCAGCCAAUCAGAUCCCUCCUGAGUGUGUCCACCAGGUCACAGAGGUACGAGGAUUCAACAACCCUCAGAAGGAGGAAUAUUUCAGGAAGAGAAUAAAUGAUCAAAUUUUGGCUGAUAGAAUUGUCACACACAUCCGAUCAUCAAGAAGCCUGUUCAUAAUGUGUCACAUCCCAGUCUUUUGCUGGAUUUCAGCCACUGUUCUGGAGAGGAUGAUGGUCAAAGCAGAGAGUGCAACGAUUCCCAAGACUCUCACACAGAUGUUCACAUACUUUCUGAUCUUUCAGACCAAACUGAAGACACAAAUGUAUAAUGAGAAAUAUGAAAUCAAUCCUGAUCAGGCUAGAAAGACUAUUAUGUCUCUAGGAAAACUGGCUUUUGUACAGCUGGAAAAGGGGAACCCGAUCUUCUAUGCGGAGGACCUGAAAGAGAGUGGUAUUGAUGUCACAGAAGUGUCAGUGUACUCAGGAGUUUGUACCCUUAUCUUUAGAGAGGAGUUUGGACUGCAGCUGGGAAAGGUGUACAGUUUUGUUCAUCUGAGUAUUCAGGAGUUUAUUGCUGCUUUAUUCAAGCUGCUUUGCUUUUCUGAACAAAACAAAGGACUGAGGAGUGUGUUCAGGUCACCACUGACCAGUUUACUGAAGAGGGAAGUGGACAAGGCCUUACAGAGUGAGAACGGACACUGGGAUCUUUACCUCCGGUUCCUUCUAGGUCUCUCACUAGUGUCUAAUCAGACUCUCUUACAAGGUCUCCUGAGAAAGACAGUAAGCAGCACUGAUAUCAAUCAGGAAACAGCUGCAUACAUCAAACAGAAGAUCAGGGAGAAUCCCUCUCCAGAGAAAUCCAUCAACCUGUUCCACUGUCUGAAUGAACUAAAUGAUCGUUCACUAGAGCAGGAAGUCCAAACAUACCUGAGCAGAACAGAUUACAGUCGACUUUUUAGAGUCAAACUAUCUCCUGCUCAGUGGUCGGCUCUGGUGUUUGUGCUGUUGAACUCAGAAGAAGAUUUGGAAGAGUUUAAACUGAGUAAAUAUGAUCGUUCAGAGGAAUGUCUUCUGAGGCUGCUGCCAGUGAUCAAAGCAGCUAGAAAGAUUGAUCUUUCCAGUUGCGAUAUUACACAGAAAGGCUGUGCUGCUCUGAGUUCAGUUCUGAGAUCAAGCCCCUCACACCUGACAGAACUAAAUCUGAGCUGUAAUGAACCAGGAGACUCAGGAGUGAAGCUGCUCUCUGUUAUACUUGAUGAUCCACACUGUAAACUCCAGAAACUACAUCUUUCUAGGUGCAGUAUUACACAAGAAGGCUGUGAUGCUCUGAUUUCAGCUCUGAGAUCAAACCCCUCACAUCUGACAGAACUAAAUCUGAGCCGUAAUGAACCAGGAGACUCAGGAGUGAAGCUGCUCUCUGAUCUACUGGAGGAUCCAAACUGUAAACUGCAGAAACUACAGCUGUGGGGCUGCAGUAUUGGAGAGGAAGGCUGUGCAACUCUGUUUUUAGCUCUGAGAUCAAACCCCUUACACCUGACAGGACUGGAUCUGAGCUUUAAUAAUCCAGGAGACUCAGGAGUGAAGCUGCUUUCUGGUCUAUUGGAGGAUCCACACUGUAAACUACAGGAACUACAUCUUUCCUGCUGUUAUAUCACACAGAAAGGCUGUGCCACUCUGAUUUCAGCUCUUAGAUCAAACCCUUCACACCUGACAGAACUGAAUCUGAGUCAUAAUAAGCCAGGAGACUCAGGCGUGAAGCUACUCUCUACUCUACUGGAGGAUCCACACUGUAAACUGGAGAAGUUACAAAUCUGGGACUGCAGUAUUGAAGAGGAAGGCUGUGCUGCCCUGAUUUCAGCUCUGAGAUCGAACCCCUCACACCUGACAGAACUGGAUCUGAGUGAUAAUAAACCAGGAGACUCAGGAGUGAAGCUACUCUCUGCUCAACUGGAGGAUCCACAAUGUAAACUGCAGAAACUACAGCUAUGGGGUUGCAGUAUUUUUGAGGAAGGCUGUGCUGCUCUGAUUUCAGCACUGAGAUCAAACCCCUCACACCUGACAGAAUUGAAUCUGAGUGAUAAUAAACCAGGAGACUCAGGAGUGAAGAUACUCUCUGCUCUACUGGAGGAUCCACACUGUAAACUGGAGAAACUACAUCUUUCCAGCUGUGGUAUUACACAGGAAGGCUGUUCUGCACUGAUUUCAGCUUUGAGAUCAAACCCCUCACACCUGACAGAACUGGAUCUGAGCCGUAAUGAACCAGGAGACUCAGGAGUGAAGCUGCUCUCUGCUCUACUGGAGGAUCCAAACUGUAAACUGCAGAAACUACAGCUGAGGGACUGCAGUAUUGGAGAGGAAGACUGUGCAGCUCUGAUUUCAGCUCUGAGAUCAAACUCCUCAAACAUAACCGAACUGGAUCUGGACUGUAAUAUACCAGGAAACUCAGGAGUGAAGCUACGCUCUGCUCUACUAGAAGUACACUGUAAACUGAAGAAAUUACAGUAA